UUUACGUCUCAUCUCAGGGCGUAAACUGCCAUCCACUCAUCUGUGCAGAUAAUUGACGUGAAUCACUCAGCAUAUUGAAUCACUCCUAGAAAGUCACUCAAUUUCAGCUCGCCCACUCAGAUCCCUUGCAAUUGAGUGAGCGCAACGUUGCGUAUACGUAAUAAGCCGACGAUGCUGCAUAUAACGUAUACGCAGCGAGCGAAACGACUCAAGUUGCUCGGCUCCUCACGAGGUCUUAUCAGCAACUAACCUGUUGGUCGGCCGUUUAGCCGCACGAAGUUGGACCGUUCAGUUGCCAGUGAUUCUUCGUUGACGGCGGACGCGAAAGUCGGCAGUACAAUCCGGAAGAAAAUCCCAAAUAAGAUUUUCGAAUAGGGGAACAUUUUCUUCCGCGGAAGGCAAAGGAAACAUAUUUUCAUUGUGCGGUAAAGAACUGAUAGCGAAAGUGAGAGCGAGGCAGUGAAAGGGAGACCAAACAAGUGCCGAAACGUGCUCGAGUGCCUCCAUCCUUGCGGUUUUUGGUUUUUUGUUCGAGCCGUUUUCCCCUUCCAGUAUUUAUAUAUAUUUCGUAUACACAGUGUUGACACGUCGGCGGACGACAGCUUUCGGUUUUUAUUUAUACCCCCUGUUUAGUACUUUUUCCCGCGGCCAGCCGGGCCAAAACUUUUCGCCUUUCCGCUGUUUGCCUCAGUGCCCAACAAUAAUAUUUAACGUCCGAAGUGAGAGUUAAAGAUUAGCUUACUGGAAGCCAGUUUGAAAUUAAAUCAUCAAAUUAAAACAUUCGGGAGUGGGAGAACUGAACAGCUCAGUCAAUUAGCGAUGAGCGGAAUAUCGCACAAGGCUUUCUAAGCGGCCAAGUGCUUUUUGGCUAGGCCAUCGGGUAAGAAGCUCAAUUCCGGCGCCGACGGAAAUGGCCGCUUAAGUGGUGCGCAUCCGAACCGGAACCACCGGCAGCAAGUCGAGCACACAACCACCACUCAACUCAUUAACGCCGGGAGCCGUGAAGAUGGCCAACUUGAGCUGGCUGAGCACCACGGCCACCACCACUUCCUCCUCCAUCACCACCAGCCAGCUGCCAUUGGUCAGCACAACCAACUGGAGCCUAACGUCGCCGGGAACUACUAGUGCUAUCCUGGCGGAUGUGGCUGCAUCCGAUGACGACAGGAGCGGCGGGAUCAUCCACAACCAGUUCGUGCAAAUCUUCUUCUACGUCCUGUACGCCACGGUCUUUGUCCUGGGAGUCUUCGGAAAUGUGCUGGUUUGCUACGUGGUUCUAAGGAACCGGGCCAUGCAGACUGUGACAAAUAUAUUCAUCACGAAUCUCGCCCUGUCGGACAUAUUGCUGUGCGUCCUGGCGGUGCCGUUUACCCCGCUGUACACGUUCAUGGGUCGCUGGGCCUUCGGCCGGAGCUUGUGCCAUCUGGUGUCCUUUGCCCAGGGAUGCAGCAUCUACAUAUCCACGCUGACCCUCACCUCGAUUGCCAUCGAUCGGUACUUCGUGAUCAUAUACCCCUUCCAUCCGCGCAUGAAGCUCUCCACCUGCAUCGGGAUCAUAGUGAGCAUCUGGGUGAUAGCCCUGCUGGCCACCGUUCCCUACGGCAUGUACAUGAAGAUGACCAACGAGCUGGUGAACGGAACGCAGACUGGCAACGAGACCCUGGUGGAGGCCACUCUAAUGCUAAACGGAAGCUUCGUGGCCCAGGGAUCGGAAUUCAUCGAGGCGCCGGACGCCACCUCGGCCACACAGGCUUAUAUGCAGGUGAUGACCGCCGGUUCGGCGGGGCCGGAUAUGCCCUAUGUGCGGGUGUACUGUGAGGAGAACUGGCCAUCGGAGCAGUACAGGAAGGUGUUCGGGGCCAUCACCACCACUCUACAGUUUGUGCUGCCCUUCUUCAUCAUCUCGAUUUGCUAUGUGUGGAUAUCGGUGAAGCUGAACCAGCGGGCCAGGGCCAAGCCGGGAUCGAAAUCCUCGCGGCGGGAGGAGGCGGAUCGGGAUCGCAAGAAGCGCACCAACCGCAUGCUCAUCGCCAUGGUGGCGGUAUUCGGACUCAGCUGGCUACCCAUCAAUGUGGUCAACAUAUUCGAUGAUUUCGAUGACAAGUCCAACGAGUGGCGCUUCUACAUCCUCUUCUUCUUCGUGGCCCACUCGAUUGCCAUGAGCUCCACCUGCUACAAUCCCUUCCUGUACGCCUGGCUGAACGAGAACUUCCGCAAGGAGUUCAAGCACGUGCUGCCCUGCUUUAAUCCCUCGAACAACAACAUCAUCAACAUCACCAGGGGCUAUAAUCGGAGUGAUCGGAACACCUGUGGCCCGCGAUUGCAUCAUGGCAAGGGGGAUGGUGGACUGGGCGGUGGCAGUCUGGACGCCGACGACCAGGACGAGAACGGCAUCACCCAGGAGACGUGUCUGCCCAAGGAGAAGCUGCUGAUUAUCCCGAGGGAGCCGACCUACGGCAAUGGCACGGGUGCAGUGUCUCCCAUCCUCAGUGGACGCGGCAUUAACGCCGCCCUGGUACACGGUGGAGACCACCAGAUGCACCAGCUGCAGCCGUCACACCAUCAGCAAGUGGAGCUGACGAGGCGGAUCCGCAGGCGGACGGACGAGACGGACGGAGAUUACCUGGACUCCGGCGACGAGCAGACCGUGGAGGUGCGCUUCAGCGAGACGCCCUUCGUCAGCACGGAUAACACCACCGGGAUCAGCAUUCUCGAGACGAGUACGAGUCACUGCCCGGACUCCGAUGUGAUGGUUGAGCUCGGCGAGGAAAUCGCUGCAGGUGGUGGGGGAGAGCUGGGGAGACGAUUCAACUGAGAUAGGAUUUUCGAAACGCAUUUCUAAGCAACCGACGUGGACGGACUCUUAUUGAAUUGUGCUAGUAAUUCACGCCAAAAUAAUGCAGGGAAAUGCCAGCUGGAUUUCGGAAGUCCUUUUGUAAACCGCACUCAACAUGGAUGGACAGAAAAAUGCUGAUAAAUGGCAAAUCAAGUGACAACGAUGCCGAAAGGGAGGUUGUCUAGCAAUUGGCUGAAACAGCUACACAAGUCAUUGAUAUAAGAUGUGUGUACAUAUAGUAUAUACAUAUAUAUAUAUAUAUAUAUUUUAUGGCUGGAGUUGUCUGUGAGUGGGUGUAUUAAUGGAGUGUGCCGAGGGCAGAACUGCCGCUUUAUACUGCUAUUUUUUGCCGAAUUUUGCGCCGCCAUUCAAGCCGCGACAAUUGCUGGGCCAUUUCGCAUAUUUACAAUGCCUCGCAGGGUGAUUCCAACCGCUCCCCGAAGAACAGUUUGCCUUUGUCGCUUUCAAUUUGUACCUACCAACUGUCAGACUUUUGUCGUUUUGGUUUGGCUUUCGCCAGUCACACGGAAUUAAAUUUCGAGCGAGCUCUUUUAUCCCCAAUUGUGUGGAAAUAUGUCAGCUGCAACUCGUUUUUCUGGGCUCCUCAUCCGCAGAACAGAGGAACAAUAAUUUACCCGACUUCGAAAUGCAAACAUUCCCACGGCCGAUGGAGCACUAUAAGGCAAAAAAGCUGAAACGCGUAAGCUGACGUUGAUGAGAUUUGCACCAGGUCGUUGAAUUUGCGAGUCACGGAAACCAAAGUAAGGCUAACCAUUUUUUUGGGCACGGUUCAAUACUUGUUGAGUCGUUUUGCACAUGUACCAUGUCAAUCGUUGGAUUUUCCCCAUAUGUAUGUUCCGAACAAUCUUGCGUUAUUUUUCCCACCUUUCUCUUAAAUUCCGGCGAGGUGCUAUCCCCAUAUAUAGAGCACCAGGAGUGACACAGUAACUUUAACUGCUGGCAGUCUAGCGAAAAAUACAGUUGUAUCACGAAAUAUUUCGUAGCAAAUAAAAUGUGUCAGGUCAAAGACAGCCAUUCACUUAUUUAUAAGCUGCUCGACAUGCUUGUAAAGUAUUUCAGAGCAUAGGUAAAAUUAAAAGAAUUAUAGUAUUUAUUUAUGUAUAGGUAUUAAAAUGUAAGAAUAUCGACUAAGCGCAUCUAAUGCUAGAGUAAAAGGGAGUAUGAAAAUAAGUUGUCAAAAAUAUGGAGAUACUAAACCAAAAGUACGCAAAGUUGUGCUGACCAUGAGCCCCGCUUUUGAAAGUUUAAGUCUGGCUUUCAAAAACAAGUCACAUGAUUGGGUGUACUUUUGGUUUUUCCCGUUUUGAUCACAUAUUUCUACUGCGUAUACGUAAUUAUAGUUAAUGUUAGUCGGCGUUUAAAUGAACAAAGUUAACUGAUAAGAUUUUUCGGAAUACUCAAUGAUUGUUCGAUAAACAAAAGUUAAUUUAAGCUGGCAUUCAAGCACGAAAGGGUCUCAUGAAAGUAAUAAGAGUUUUCUAUAAAAACCGAUAAUGUAAACGAAAUUUGAUGAGUUAUUAGCUACAAUUUAAUGUUGGCUGUUGUAUCAAUGUAUUAUGAACGAAUAGGAGAAGUCAUGGAAACUUGUAAUGGCAUUUUAAUAGAUAAAGAAAGCGUUAUUAAAUCCAUAGGCCUAAGAAAAUAUUAGAAAUAUUUGAAACAAGAUCAUACAGCUUAGUAUUAACUAAAAGUGAAACUCAACUUAAGAUAGUACCUAAGUCAUUUUAAAAUGCGUUUUAAGCUAGGAAGGGAAAGCAUUUAAAUUAUUUGAUGUGAGUACGAAUAUCUUAAGCUAAAUGUUGUUAAUUCAACACCCACUAGUUAAGGGUUGUGUUUGUAGAGCGUAAAUGUUAAACAGGAAAAAGUACACAAUUGGAAACGAAAUUAAAUUGAUCAAUAUGAAACUUUAAACAAUAUGGAAGCUUCACUAAAAUCGCAUGUUAAAGAAACAUUUAUGUAAUAUAAAGGAGACACAGCUGAGUAUUAAUCUUAAAGUAAAAACUAUACUUGUAGCCGAAAAAGAUGUUUUAAAAUACGGAUUACCGACACACAAAUAAAUAAUGGAU